CCAGCUGGAAAAAGAAUAAUGGAAAAUUGUACAGACACAAAUAAUAGUUCCAUCUGCCACAAGAUGUCCUUUGGAGAAACCAAGACACUUCUGGUUGCUGUUUACAGCAUCGUUUUUGCCGUAGGCCUUCCAGCAAAUUGCUUAACUUCCCUGCUUACAUGUGUACAAAUCCAAAGGAAUAACGCAAUUGGCAUCUACAUUUUUAGUUUAUCAUUGUGUGAGCUGAUGUAUUUAAGUACCUUGCCUCUCUGGAUUAUCUAUGUGCAAAAUAAUCACAAGUGGAAUAUGGGUACAAUGGCUUGCAGAAUAACAGGAUACAUCUUUUUCUGCAACAUAUACAUCAGCAUUCUGCUUUUGUGCUGCAUUUCUCUGGAUCGUUAUGUGGCAGUGGUGUAUGCUCUGGAGUCAAGGGGGAGAAGAAGAAAGAAAAUAGCAAUCACAAUAGUGUGUAUGCUCUUUGUUCUCGUUGCAAUAAUCCACACUCCUGUAUUUUACAUGGAUGAUGCAGAACAAAAACUUCAGACCUGCUUUGAGACUUUGCCCCUCAACAUACAAUUGGCUUCUUUGAGCAUUGCUAGAUUCCUAUUUGGAUUUGCCAUACCUUUCACAAUCCUCAUUUUCACAAACUACAAAAUUUUCCAAAAUACAAAAACAAGCAGCAGCUUGACUUGCCAUGAAAAAGCCAAAGUGAAGUAUCUGGCAAUUGCCAUUAUUGUCAUUUUCCUGAUCUGCUUUGCUCCCUACCAUGUGGUACUCGUAAUAAGAUCCAUAUACUUUAUGUUUCAUCAGAAUUGCUCAUGUCCAUUUGAAAAAAAAAUAUAUUCCGUUUUUACAGCAUUUCUGUGUUUAGCCACCGCAAACAGUGUUGCUGAUCCAAUCCUCUACGUACUGGUUAGUGAAAAUGUCAGAAAAGAUUUUUAUAGGAGUCUGAGAAGAUGGAGACUGAACUCAUCCAGGCUGAAUUCAUCCAUUAAUCACAAGACGGAGAGCAUUGAAUCAAAAAUGUCAAAAGAAUCACAGGAAGAAGGGCUAAGAGAAGAAAACAAAGAAAUACCAGAAUCAUCUGACAUUCAAAAGACAUAUAAUGGCAAAGACCAAGAAGGUGACAGCUAGCAUUUAGCUGCUGGCACAAAUAAGAAGUUCCGAACACCAGCUAUAGGCUGCAGACAGCAGCACACAAGUAUUUACAUGUUGACAUCCAUAGGAAGUUUUGCCACAUGCAUGAGCCAGUAACUCCUUGAGGAUGCUACAGGAGUGAUGCUUCUUAUUUCUGCUCGUCUCCUACUAUAAAGCUUGCCCACGAGUAUCAUUGGUGAAAAUACUGCUUUGCUAAGAACAUGCGGAAUAAACUAAGUAAUUUACUUUGACUCAAA